UUAUGAUGAGUUAAGAAUAAUGGUUAGUAUUGCGAUUAGAUUUAUUGCCUAGUAUUGCAUAAGAAGUAGAAUAGAUUUGUAUAAACUAUAUUCGUAUAAUAUAAAAUUAAAGAUGUAGAUUUAUGUGAUGAAGUCAGAAAAGGCAAUAAACAAGCAUAUCAAGAUCUUAUAGUGUUAUAAGCUAGAGUUAAAAACAAUAUAAUUAUUAUAGAUAAGAGGAAGAAUGGAUGAUUUUGAUAAAUUUUAUGAUAGAAACUAUGCAGAUUAUAGGAUAGGUUAUUUUGAGAAAAUGAAAUUGAGAUUACGAAAAUUAAUAAGUCCUCAUAUUGAUGUUAAUAGAUUAAUAUAUGAAGAAACCUAAAACUAUAAUCAAUAGUACAUAUAAACAUUCAAUAGAUAGAUCAUCUCCUAUUAAGAAUACAACUCCUCCACCUAUUAAGGAUAAUUAAUAGAAUGUUCAAAAAGUAACAGAAUUUGUUUAAGUAUAACCUAAAAGACCUUAAUCCCCACCUAAUAAAUUGAUAGCUUCAAGCAAUUAUAAUAGCACAAAUAAAUAGAAAUAAGCUACUCCAAUUUCAUAAAAUAAUAAAAAAGCAAGUAAAUAACCAUAAUAGGGGAAGAGUUCUUAAGUAAAGACUAAAACAUAAUAAGAUGAAUUAGUUUUUACAAUAAAAAUGAGCAAAGAGGUAUUAUUGAAUGAUUAAUUUAAUUAGGAAUAUUUGUAAUAUAUACAAGCUAAAUAAAAAUAGAGAUGAC